AUGAAUGAUAUUGACCAAUCUUUACUUGCAACCAUGGUGAGAACCAGGGAUGCUAAUAAUAGUAGAGCUAGAACUCCAGGGCAAGAGUCGUCCGAUCAAGAUGACAGUCGAGACGUUGUUAUUGAUAGACUUACGAAAUUAGUUGAGCAAAGAUUUAGAAAACUAAACCCUCCAAUAUUUGAGGAUGCAUUAAAUCUAAUAGUAGCAAAGGAUUGGUUGAGAACUUUGGAGAAUAUGUUUAGGUAUUCGAGAGUUUCAGAAGUAGAAAAAAGUGGUUCGCGCAUCCUUUCUGCUACGAGGUUUGCUACCCACAUGAUUAAUACUGAUACACUAAAGGUAGAAAGAUUUCUUGAAGGGCUAAGACCAGAACUAUAUAGAUACGUAAGUAUGGCAGGAAUCCAAGAUGUUUCAUAUUCUCAAAUUGCGGAGAGAGCAUUAGUUGCAGAACAAGCCAAACAAAGAAUUAGUCGUGCUCAAGAGGUUCGACUACAGAUUAGAUGUGAUGGACAACAUACUGGAGCAUGCCCUACAGAAACUAGGACAUGUUAUGUUUGUGGAAAGGUGAGACAUCUUGCUAGAGCAUGCCCAGGUAAUCCAAAUCCUACGGAGCAGAAAAAGGUACCAGCCAAGGUGUUUACCAUCACAAGAUCAGAUGCCGAGGCAAAUCCAUCAGUUGUAACAGGUAAAUUCUCUAUUUUUGAUAUCCCAGCACUUGUAUUAUUUGAUUCAGAAGCUACGCAUUCAUUUGUGUCCAAUGAGUAUGUGAGGAGGUUGGGUAGGACACUUGAUAUGCAAGAGGUUAGUUAUAAUGUAACUAUUCCAUCUAGAGAUGUACAACAAACCAAACUAAUUGUGAGAGCAUGUGUGAUCCUUAUAGAAAAUCGAGAGCUUUGUGCAGAUUUAAUUGUAUUAGAUGUGGAAGAUUAUGAUAUAAUUUUCGGUAUGGAUUGGCUGUCAAAAUAUCAAGCUACUAUAGAUUGUAAGAGGAAGUUAGUGGCCUUUCUACCUUUGGAGAAUAAGCCAUUUACAUUCAUUGAGAUCGAAAAAGGUUUUAGAGUUCCAACCAUAUCGGUAUCGAAAGCACAAAGGUUACUAGAUAGUGGGUGUGUAGGGUAUUUGAUGAGUGUUAUGGCUAUUGAAGCACAACACAAUCUGAAUCUUAGUAAUGUGCCCGUGGCACAAGAUUUUCAAAAGGUAUUUCCUGAUGAUUUAUCUGGGGUACAACCAGAUCAUGAGAUAGAGUUUGCAAUUGAUUUAAUUCCAGGAACAUCUCCAAUUUCCAAGGCUCCAUAUAGAAUGGCCCCAACUGAAUUGAAAGAGUUGAAGUUACAAUUACAAGAUUUGAUUGAUGAUUUGUUUGAUCAACUUCAGGGUGCCUCUGUAUUUUCGAAGGUUGAUUUUCCAUCUGGAUACCAUCAACUUAGAAUAAUGGAAGAUUACAUUUCUAAGACAGCAUUUAGUACGAGAUAUGGUCAUUAUGAGUUUUUGUUCGUAAUUGUAUUUAUUGAUGAUAUCCUUAUUUAUUCUCGUACUAAAGAAGAACAUGCUAAACACUUGAGAAUAAUUCUGCAAGUCUUAAAGGACGAGCACUUAUAUGCUAAGUUUAAGAAAUGUAAAUUUUGGUUAGAUAGAGUUGUAUUUUUGAGACAUUUAGUAUCAGGUGAGGGCAUAUCAGUGGAUCCGAAUAAAGUAGAGGCUAUUAAUAAUCGGCUACGACCUGUAAACCCUUCAGAGGAAUUGAAGAAAAGACUGACUUCAACCCCUAUCCUUUCAAUCACAUCUGGUACUGGAAAUUUUGUGGUUUAUAGUGAUGUUUCAAAGAAUGGUUUGGGAUGUGUAUUGAUGCAAGACGGUAAGAUCAUUGCAUAUGCCUCUAGACAACUUAAAGAAUACGGAAAGAAUUAUCCUACAUAUGACUUGGAACUCACCACAGUUGUAUUUGCACUUAAGAUAUGGAGGCAUUAUUUGUAUGGAGAACGGUGUGAGAUUGACACUGAUCACACAAGUUUGAAAUAUCUAUUUAUACAAAAGGAAUUGAACAUGAGACAAAGAAGAUGGCUAGAAUUGGUAAAAAAUUAUGAUUGUGUUAUAAGCUAUCAUCAAGGACAGUCUAAUGUUGUAGUUGAUGCAUUAAGUAAGAAGUCAACAUCCAGUGUUGCGAGAAUGAUUGUAACUCAAAAAUCAGAAUUGAUAGAUUUACAGAAAAUGGGUAUUCAAGUUGUGUCGCAAGGAUUUGUAGAGGCUAAAUUUGCAGGAUUGACACUUCAGCUAACUUUAUUGAAUAGAAUUCAGCAAGGGCAACAGGAAGAUGAUUAUUGUUCCUAG